AUGCCAGUCUAUCUGGCCUUAUUACCUUUACCUUUAUCUAGUUUAUCUUUAAUAACGUUACUAGUAGUCCUAAUUUUCUAUACCAGCCUAAGUUUAUAUAACCAUUCCCUUCCUCCUUUACUGACUAUCUUUAUAAAAUAUAACAUAUCUAGUUUAAGGCAAAAAGUCUCUCUACUAUUUAAGCCCCUAGCUACUUUUAACUCUCUUUUUUCCCUACUUAUAGAAGUAAUAUAUUUACUGCUUAAGUAA